UUGGCGAUCGGAGGAGGAACUGCUCUGCAGGGGGAAUCGAUUAAGAAGCUUUCGAGAGUGGAGGCACUGUCCUGUUUCGUAUGGAAAUGCUGUAUGGCGGCGUCCAAGGCGGUUUCUUCCGCAUCCAAGACUUCGAUUCUAGUGGAGGCGGUGAAUCUGAGGAAGCUAAUGAACCCGCCGCUGCCGGCGGCGGCAAUUGGGAACUUGUUCUGGUGGGCGACGGCCGCGGCGGAUCCGUGCGACGAGUCUAAUACGGAGAUGUCGGCGCUGGGGAAUCUGGUGAGCGAAGCGAUCGGGCUGUACAGGACCGAUUACCUGGAGUCGCUGCAAGGGCAGGACGGGUUCGAGGCGAUGUCGGCUUACUUCGAGCAGCUGGAAGCGAUGUUCGAGACGGAGAAGCCGGAUAUAUUCGCGUUUACGAGCUGGUACAGGUCCGGGUUGACGGGUCAGGAUUUCGGGUGGGGGAAACCGGCUUGGGUGACGGUGAUGGGGAAAGUGGGCCGGGCUUUCCGUAACCUUACCGUGCUGGUGGACUCGACGGACGGGAGUGACGGCAUUGAGGCUUGGGUCACUUUGGACGAGAAGCGAAUGGAUGUUCUUGAGCGUGAUCCAAACUUUCUUGCGUUUGCUUGUCCUAAUCCUAGGAUUUCUAAUAUGUGA